CUCCAUGCUUCACCCAACUCUGAGCGUGCUGUGUCAGCUUCCAGACGUCUGUAUUGCUUCACCACGCGCCCAACUCACCGUUUACAGCCCAGAUGAAUGCAGUCCCGUCUGCUCGCCCGCGAAACGGGUGAUCUGGAUCCCCGGGACUUCGCCCGAACCAUCACGACCGACCUCCUCCGUUCCUUUGCGCCCGCGCCGCAGCAUCGCUUCAAUGGCGAGUUCGCACCGCGUCCCGAUCCGGCUGGCGUAGAUGAACGCGCGCAUAAUAUCCGUGCCCAUGGCGCUGGCGUGAGCGCCCUCGCUCUCGACAAGUUUGAAGGCCGCAUCCUCCUCUCGGGCGGUGCAGAAGGUUCCAUCAAGAUAUGGGAUUUGGAGGCGUGCGGAAACCCUCAUAAGCUCCAUACCUUUCGUCCUGUGAGCUCGAUCGCGCGGUCGGCUCGAGAACAGCAGUCGUCCGGACACACGCAUGGAAUUACCCAUCUUGCUUUCUACCCAUUCGACCCAGAUGCCUUCCUCUCGAGUUCCUAUGAUAAAAAGUUGAAGCUGUGGGCGACCCAGCGUUGCACGCUUUCCGCCAGUUUCGAUCUGAAUGCGACUAUAUACUCCCAUUCGACCAGUCCUAUUGCUGACCACCUCCUCGUUGCGGCUGCCACCCAACACUCUAACGUCCGACUCGUUGACUUGAAGUCUGGAUCUGCAGUUCAGGCCUUGGUCGCGCACGGCGGGCCUGUCCUGUCAACAGCAUGGAGUCCACGCCAUGACCAUAUACUCGUCAGCGGCCACGCUGAUGGAAAAGUUCGCGUAUGGGAUAUUCGGCGUGCUGGCGGUGUCGUCGCACAGCUAGACCAGGAAGAUUCGCUGGGCGUUGUUCAUAGAUAUAACCACGCCACAGCCGCGGGGAUGGAUUGGGGACAGAUGCCGCAUUUCAGAGCCUCCUCGAAGGCCCACGAUGAGGCCGUCAAUGGCAUACAGUGGACGGAUGAUGGCCGGUACAUCAUCUCGACCGGCCUCGAUCGUCGGAUUCGAGUAUGGGAUGCAGCAACUGGGGCCAACACUCUGGCGAGCUUCGGCUCUCUCAUUCAGAACCAGCAUGCAAAAACAGCCAGCUUCUUAGUAUCUCCGUCUAGCUUGUCUACUGGAAAUGAACUUUUGUUCUGGCCAAACGAUCAGGAAAUCUUGAUUCUCGACCUCCACGAAGGAAACAUUGUGACACGACUCCGCAGCCCUGGCGUGACGAACCCCGUUGGACCUCGUGGUAGCCAAAUGGGAAGGAACCGAAUCACUGGGCUUGUAUGGCGCGGAGCAGGUGGAGGUGGUCAUCAGGUUGGACCGGCCAUGGGCGGCGGGAACUCGGUUGGUGCCAUCUACAGUUCUCACAUGGAUGGACAGAUUCGUGCUUGGGCGCCUCAGAUUCCAGGACUAGAAGACUUCGACGAGGAUGAAGAAAUAAACGAAGAUGAGGAGACUAGGAAGAAGAAGAGGAAGGCGGUUAACGAUGCUUAUAGAAGCCUUAUGGGGAAACAGAUCACCUUCACUUAAUAGAGAGGAAAUUUCAUUGAAGUUGUUGUCUGCAAGGUACAUAAAUACUAUUAGUCUUACUUUUAA